CGCCAAGGGAAAGAGAGGAGGCUGGAGACGGAGAGAGAUUGAGAACCGUACUUGUCAAGUCCUGGACUGACCGUGGGACCGGAACGUCCAUGGCGCUGCACAUGAGCUCUUCACAAGCAUUCAGAGGAUUGGGGAAAGUAGGGUAGGUGUCAAUUAGUUAGCUAAUAGCUAACUAUCCUCAAUUCAUGAAAAUACUGGCUCAGAAAGUUGUAACUUGUAAAGUGUUCAAUUAAUACACAACACACAAGAAACCCGUGUCUUAUAGUGCAGUUGCUAGCUAUCUGACAAGCUAAAGCUAGCUAGCUAAUGAAGGAUUUCGAGGAGGUGUCAACCUAAGCAAACUCACCAGAAAGCCAGGUCACAUAGGAAGAAAGCAUGGAACGGGGGGAGACGAAAAAUAAUCCUGAAUCAUCACCAGACACAGAAAAUGUGGAGCAUUUAGAGGAUCGUGCUUUGGCGCCCUCAUGUGGCGAUCAAAGGGACAGCACAGGGGAUGCGGCUUGGAAGUCCACGUCCUCAUGCCAUGACAUCAACAUGAUGGAUCAGAAGCUCAGACCCAUUGAACAGCAACUCCAGUACCUGCUGAAUAAGGCGGAUGAGUUUCAGGCACAUCUUUUAUACAGACGUGACAAUCUGCAAAAGGAAAACUUUGCUUGUGUGGUGCCUACUUUCCUGCGGACCUGUCAGCCCUACUUCACUUACCUGGAGUCGACCGCUCGCAGCUCCCUGCCCCAGCGCACGCCUCUGCCCGUGUACAUCCGCUCACGAUUGUUAGACUUCUCCCAGCAGCUGUGUGCGAGGCUGGAGCAGCUGGUCUUGACCUACGCCUCCUUUGACUUUCUCUCUCUGGAGGAGGCUGAGCCGGCCAGUAUCUCCCAUUUCUACAUAGGCAAGUGUCAGAUAGACAGUGUGAGGCUGUCCAUAUACCGGUACUGUUGUCCAGCCCCGUACCUGGCUGGGGUCGACACUGGCCUGUACAAACGCAUGCGCUGGAAUGUGGAGAGACCCAGAGAGAGCCUACAGCAGGAAACUGAUGGCGAGAUGGAGGGAGAGACAGAGGAGGACAAGCCAGUGGCAGGGAAAGAGAGAGCUACCAAGACAGAUUACUACUUCCUGUGCUACGAGGACGUCCCUGAGGAGCCUGCUGAGGGGGGCGAUGGAGAGGGUAAAGGGGAGACGGUUGCUAUAGGCAACGUGGUCAGGAUGUGGUCAAUCGGUCAGUGGGUCCAAACGCAGCCUGAACCUGUGACAGACGACAUCUACGAAUGGGUGCUGUGCUGGGUUCCACAGGCUCAGUACCACAGGCUUUUGUGUCUGGGAGGAGAGGAGCCCACUGCCUGCAGUGCUACUGACUGUCUACUGGGGGCGUUGUUCUCUCAACAGAGCCCAGUGGAAAGCCCCAGUCCUGAAACAACAUAAAGAGACAAGCCACUUUUCUAGAACUAUCUUUGACCAUAACAUGUUCCCAUUGAUUAAAGGAUUUAACAUUACUUAUUGUUAGUUUUACAUUGUGUUAUGUUCGGCUAAUGUUUUCAAAUCUAAGUAACUAUUGGGAAGGACAUUAAGGACUGAACACUGAAAUAGCUCUGGUUCCAACUAGCCAGUCAUCCAUGACAAAUGUUUUUCUUAUGGUUCCUUACAUAUUGUAUAAAAAUAAAUAUAAUUUCUAAAGAUAGCAAGUUUUAUUACCAAUUCCCUACCAGCUAGUGAUACAUUUGAACUGUAUCUGAUGUCUGUUCAUAUUCAAGGUUAUAUUGAGCACGUAUGUAUGUUACUGUAUUGUGUGGUUGUUGGAAAUCAUUUUGUAUGAUGUUAAGAAUAAAAGUAUUGACCUGUCA